AUGCCGGACACAAAGCAGCCUUACAAACGCCACAAAUUCAAGUUCAACGAUGAGUUCAAGGUAGUCGUCGGCGCCGACGUCUGUGUCGACACGCAGAGCUAUAAUGUCCCGAAGAACGUCCUCGUCAAGUCUAGCGACUUCCUCCGCAAAGCUUGCAAUAAGGAGUGGGCGGAGGGACAGACCAAGGUCGUCCACCUGCCUGAAGCCAAACCAAAGCCGUUCGAAAUCUACUUGCAGUACCUGUACAGUGGCGAUGUCGUCCUAGCCGAAGAGAUCAAGUUCCCAGCCGCAGGAGACAAGUCCGAAGAAGCCCGCGAAGACGUUACGAAAGCGCAGGUCUUGGUAAUCGACUCCUACAUCUUGGCAGACAUGCUGCUCGACAUCGAUGCCAAGAAUGCUCUCGUCGACCAACUCGUCUUUCUGACGAAGCGAGGACGGAGUCUGCUUCCGGCCUCUGUCAUCCAGGAAUUAUUCGCAGCCACCACCAAGGAGUCGCCGAUGUGA